AUGAAAUGCAGUGGUAGAGUAGGUUACCUUUUAAACUUAAAAAAAGAAUAUGGAGAACGUGCUGAUAUGCUACUAAAAAGGCUAAAGGAAGAUAAAAUGAUACAAGGAGGAUUUAUAACCGAUUUUAUACAAACAGAUUAUAUUAACAUUACGAAAAUAUUAUUAUAUAUGAUGAAAAAUAAUAAAGUGAUAACAUGUUUUGACGGUUUAUAUGUAGAUAAAGAGUAUCAAAAAUAUUUUGUUUUAUAUGAAGAUGAUAUAAUUAAUAUAUAUGAAAUGAAUAAGACAAAUAAUAUAAAGGAUGAAACUAGUAAUAAUAUGAAUAGUAAUGUUGGAUAUAAUUAUAUAACCAAUGAUGAUAAAAUUAAAAAUAAUGUACAUAAUGAUAUCACAAAAAAUGAUACGAUAAAUGUUUUAGAUAAUAUUAAUUAUAAUAAUAACGAAAAAAAUAGUUUUUAUAAUAACAAUAUUAUUAAUAAUAUACAUGAUAAAAAUAUAUAUUAUAAAAAAAUAAAUAUCCAACAAUCUGAAUUAUUAAAUAUAAACGAUAUAAUAAAAUAUGAUGGAUCUAUUGAAAAUGUGGAAAAAAUCAUUUAUUAUUUAAAUCCGUGUUCAAUAUUGUGUGCUUAUUUUCUUGAUAUUAAACAAAAUGAACAUGUUUUAGAUAUGUGUGCUUCUCCAGGAGGAAAGUCUUUAUAUAUAGUCAAUAAAUUAUUUGGUUAUAAUAUAUCACCUUUGAACAGAAUAAAAAAUCUAGAAAUAAUAUAUCCUGACACGGGAAAUAAUGAUAAAGAUAAUAUCAUUAAGGAGGUUAAUAAUAUCAAUAAUGACUAUAAUAACAAUAAUCAUCAUAAUAAUCGUAAUAUUUAUAAUAAUCAUGCCCAUAAUUAUAAUAAUAAUGCGAAAAAUUUCGGUGUACAAAUUGAUUGUUGUAUGGAUGUAGUAAAUUUUAACAAAAUAAAUAGAGAUGGUUUUCUUGUUAUUAAUGAAUACAACAAAGUAAGAUAUGAACGCUUAAAAAAAGUAUUAGAUAAAUAUAUACCUAGCAAUUUAUUAAAUAGAUCUAGUAAUAUACAUGUUACAAAUUAUAAUGGUUUAAAUAUUAAUUCAUUUUUGAGAUUUCCAAAAUUUCACAAAAUUUUAUUAGAUGUACCAUGUUCUACUGAUGAACAUUUAAUUAAACAAGGAACAAUGGAAUUAAAUAAAUGGUCUAUUAAUGUUAUUAAAAAUAAUUCAGAUAUACAAUUAGAAUUACUUAUUAAUGCUUUUGCUCUACUACAUACAGGUGGUGUUAUUAUCUAUUCCACAUGUGCUUUGUCAUAUCUUGAAAAUGAUUAUGUUAUUGAAAAAUUUCUUAAAAAAUAUAAAAACAAUAUUCAAAUUAUAGAUUUUAUACACGAAGAGUAUCAAAAGAAAAUAUCACAAUAUCUCUCAAAUUAUGUAAAUAACAAAAGUAAUCAUAAUCAUAAUAUAGAUAAUCUUCAUAAGAAUCAAUCAUACCAAUAUAUAAAUCAUUUUAAGGAAAAUACUUUGUUUUUGAAGUUUUUUGAAAAAACCAGGUAUGGAUAUAUUUCCUUACCCGAUCGAUCACCCUUUGGUAUAUUGUAUAUAUGUAAAAUUAAAAAAAUUUAA